AUUUAAUAAAGGGUAAGUGUUUGUCAUUGUUAUUAUAAAUAAUAUUAUUUAUAUUUGUCUUACAUAUUGAAGCUUUAAAAAAGUGUCUAUGUCUGUGUUCAUUUAGAUUGGAAGCCAGCUCCUUCAAACCCUAAUAAUGGAAAUCAAGACAGUGGCAACAAUGAGAUCUCUUCCUCACCCGAGGUGGAGAUUGUGAACAAACAUAAUGACCUGAGGAGGAAUGUGCAGCCUUCUGCAAGCAACAUGUUGAAAAUGAGCUGGAGCAGCGAGGCAGCAGCCAACGCUCAGAGAUGGGCUGACAGCUGCUCAAUGAAGCACAGCAGAAAGAGCUACAGAAAGAUCAGCUCGAGCGGCUGUGGAGAGAAUCUAUACAUGUCCAGCAACAAGAGAAGCUGGAGUCAUGCUAUCCAGUCCUGGUACGACGAGGUGAAUGACUGGCGCUAUGGAGAGGGAUCCAUCAACGGAAAUGAUGUCGGCCACUUUACACAGGUUGUUUGGUACAGGUCCAACCUUGUUGGCUGUGCUAUGGCUCACUGUCCAGGCUCUCGGUACAGUUACUUCUAUGUCUGCCAAUACUGCCCACCUGGAAACUCCCAGUUAUCUCGCCCCUACAAGAGAGGACCCUCUUGUGGUGACUGCCCCAACUCUUGCGACAACAGACUUUGCACCAACCCCUGCAAAUACAUUGACAGGUACAAUAACUGUCCUAGUCUGAAGAGGCAGCAUGGCUGUGGCCACAGGAAAGUGGCUGCCUGGUGUCCGGCCUCCUGCAAGUGCAGCAGUGAGAUCAAUUAAACUCCACAGAUCCACAUGGUGUCUGUUUUAAUAAAUAAGUGAAUUGUGUGAGCUGCUUUCCUAUGAUUGUACUUCGGAAAUCAAGUUCACAAUGCUCAUUUGUUAUUGCUGCUAAUGCUCUUCAGGAUCUUUGAUACAUUUGAUGUACUUGCAUGAUUCUUGCAGUACUUGGAUUGCAAACUCAUGAUUGAAUACAUUAACUGUAUUGCUAUUAACUUUGGAUAAAAAUGCCAAACCUCAAAAAUAAAAACAAUUUACCUACAACAACAAUAAGACGAAAGGAAGUCCUCACAUUUUAGAAGAUGGAAUCACAAAAUCUUAAAGCAUGGUACACGCAAUGUCAUUUUAAAUUUUGAAACAGACUUUACAUGUUUUUCAAUCAUUUUCAUUAUAUAACAAAGAGUAAGGUCUUUACCUGCUCUUUUGUAAAGAGUCUUGAGAUUACAUUUGUGAUGAAUUGGGGUUUUACAAAUAAAGAUUGAUUGAUUGAU